AUGGAUUUAGUUAAUCAUUUAUCUGAUAGAUUAUUAUUUGCUGUCCCAAAGAGUUCAGAUAUUGAAUUCCAUCGUUAUAAUAGAUUAGAUAUUGCCUUAUCAACAAAUUUACCAAUUGCUUUAAUUUUCUUACCUGCUGCAGAUAUUCCAACUUUUGUUGGUGAAGGUCGUUGUUCAUUAGGUAUUACAGGUGUUGAUCAAGUUGAAGAAAGUGAAGUUGAUGUUGAAUUAGCAUUAGAUUUAACAUUUGGUAAAUGUAAAUUACAAGUUCAAGUUCCAGUUGAUGGUCCAUAUAAAGAACCAAAACAAUUAAUUGGUAAAACUAUUGUUUCAUCAUUUACAAAUUUAACAAGAAAAUAUUUUGAAAAAUUAGAAGGUGUUAAAUCUGGUGAACCUUUAAAAACCAAAAUUAAAUACGUUGGUGGUAGUGUUGAAGCUUCAUGUGCAUUAGGUGUUGCUGAUGCAAUUGUUGAUUUAGUUGAAAGUGGUGAAACAAUGAGAGCUGCUGGAUUAAUUGAUAUUGCAACUGUUUUAUCAACAUCAGCUUAUUUAAUUGAAUCUAAAACUCCAUCACAUCCAGAAUUAUCUCAAACUAUAAAAGCAAGAAUUGAAGGUGUUUUAGCUGCACAAAAAUAUAUUUUAUGUAAUUAUAAUGCACCAAGAGAAAAUUUAAGUGAUUUAUUAGCUUUAACUCCAGGUCGUCGUGCUGCUACUGUUUCUCCAUUAGAUGAUGAAGGUUGGGUUGCAAUUUCUUCAAUGAUUGAAAAAGGUAAAAAAGGUGAAAUUAUGGAUAAAUUAAAAUCAAAAGGUGCUUCUGAUAUUAUAUUAUUUGAUAUUUCAAAUUGUCGUGUAUAA